AUGAUGGAGACCGAUGAUACCAUUCUAAAACGAGAGAAUACUCCUUCAACUUCAACUUCAAUAUCGUCAAUUCCAAACAAGCGUAGUCAUGACGAAGAUCAUGGAUCUGCUAUUAAUCCUGCCCUCAACCCCGAAUUUCGAGCUCCCAAAUCCCAGGAAGAGGCUCCUAGUACACAACGCGCCCUGAGGGUUAAGAGAGAAUCAUUAAAGAAACGAGAAGCUAAAAGCGCAUCGAGCAACGACACAAGCACUAGGACCAGUCCCGAACGCGCUUCGAGUAAAAUUAAAAAAGAGGAUAUAACCGAAAUUGGUCCACUACGAUAUAAACUGGCCACGAUUCCAACGUACUCAGACUUCAAGCCACCUCAGACUCCUGGGUUUACGGCCAUCGAACGGAAAAUAGCCCCCGAUGGCACUCAGAUUCAAUUUUAUGAAACAUUCGAUCAUGUAUUUAAUAAAAAGAGCUUUAAUUAUACGAGUGCCGUUCCAGAUCCCAUGUUUCGCCAUUCCCUCCUUUUUCGCCAGUCGGAGACACCCCCAUACACCGCCCGGUUUAGUCUUGAAGACAGUGCCUCGAAUAUAUUGAUUGAUCAGGAUGGAAAGCACGUUACUACUGAGAAAGGAUGGAGGUCUGCAAAAGCUAAUGUGUACAUGCGGGAAGGAAGAUGGUACUGGGAAUGCAAAGUUACUUGUGGUAUUCCUAAAUUAGGAGCCGUAGAUACAACAGGAACCUCUAGCCCACAUGUUCGGAUGGGGAUUGGUAGACGUGAGGCUACAUUAGAUGGACCUGUUGGAUUUGAUUGUUACAGCUACGGGCUUCGUGACGUAGGCGGUCAAAAGAUCCACAUGUCUCGCCCUAAAGACUUCUUCGCAAAGGGCGAAGAAAUACGGGAAGGAGAUGUAGUUGGUUUUGAAAUCAACCUUCCGUCUGAGGAAAUCCACCGCAAAGUUGUUAAUGGAACAUAUAAUCCAGAGGCUGAUAACAAUGAGCAGUAUAAGCCAAGGAUAGAAAAAGCCGACAUUAUUCGCGACCGAGCCGCUAUAAAGAUAAAAGACUAUUGGGUAUUUGAACAAGCAGCCUAUGCCCCAGGCAAGGAAUUGGAAGAUUGGUACUCACCAGCUCCAACUUCUUUCAAGCACGCAAUGCAGCCCUGCCCUAAACACCCACUGGUUCCUUUGCGGACUCUUCCUCAAUCAAGUAUCAAGGUGUUCAAGAAUGGUAAGCUCAUAGGUACGGCCUUCGAGGAUCUUUUUGCUUUCCUUCCACCCGCCUCUAAACCAGCUGUUGUAAAAGACAUGUUUUUUCGGGAGGGUCUUGAUGAUGGCACAUUAGGUUACUAUCCAACAGUGUCAGUAUUUCAAGGUGGAUCUGCUGAGGUCAAUUUUGGUCCCGAAUAUUGGUUUCCUCCUAAAUUUGAACAAACCGAUAACAAAAAAGAUGUAUCAGAGAAUAAUCACCUUGAAACGGAUGCUCAACCCACUGUUAGAUCAUUAACUGAACGUUAUGAAGAACAGAUAGUCGAGGAUAUUGUCGCUGAUCUUAUUGAUGAAGUCUAUUUCUGGCUAUUGGACGGAGGAGCUUCUGGUACGGAUGAUGCAAGUCUAAUGCUUCACACAGGAAUUCAACUACCCAACAGUGCUUCAGAUUACCGUUUAGAGCCAAUAAUUCAUGAGGAAUAG